UCCCGUCUUUGAGACAUUCCCUCUUGUGGAACAUCUUCGCAAAAAUGAGUAUUCAUGUCAUUUUGAGCUUGCAGAUUGUUCGUGGCCAGUUUUGCAUCUUGCCGUUCUUCUUGUCGCUACACCUCCUUGUGAUCAUAUGGCAUGCUCACAGACCAAGAGACUCUAUGUGGCUCUCAAGGCCAUGUUUGCAGUUCUUCAAGUUCGACUUUUAAACCAUGCUGAGAUUGUGCAGAUCCAAGGCCUCAUUGCGCUAUACGAAUGUGGACACGGGAUGCUUGAGCAUGCACAUGUCAGUCUCAACUCGGCUUUCACAAUGGUGUCACUACUGGAUGUUGAUUUAUCCAAUAUACUGAUAUCGUUAAAGUGGAGAUUGUCUCUUAUGCUCAUAGACAGUUUGGUUGCCUUGCAUACAAUGCAUAGGAAACAUGACUGGAUUCCUCUCGCUUGCCCUCCCGAUCAUAGCAUGGUAAGAGCUAUUACUGAUAACUUUACAAUCCUGAAGACUCCAAAUAGGACCCCAAGGCCCGGCAGUCUCUCUCAGCGUGCCCUGGACUUUGGUAGAAUUGUCUUCCAAUCUAGACGCGUCUUGCAGCACAUUCACGAUUCGAAACGUGAUCCUCGAGUUGAAAAACCAGAUUGUGAAUUAAUACGCGAAAUUCAUCAUGGAAUUCCUCCCUUCGACGAGUCUCCCCAACACCCAGAUCUAGAUCAUUCUUUUCGACUACCAAUAAGUUUCAUAUUUGCCCACUUCAAGGAGAUGGUUCUCUCAUGUCGACCCCAUCAGCCAUUUCAUGACAUGCAUAAUCUCGUACGCUGGUCUGGCGCGACGGCUCGUACUGACGCACGGUUUCACUUUGCCACGAAUUCUGGUAAAAACGAGGAGAACAAGAAAACGCUGUCACUGAUAAGCUUGGUAUGCAUUCUGCAUAGCGUAUUACUUGCACUCAAGAUGGAUAUACCGAGUCCCAAUGAGGAAGAGAUGGCAGCUUUGAUACCAGAAAUGAGAAGGAGAAGCAAGAGAUGACCAGCUGCGGAAGUAUAUAUCAGCCAGACUUGUGAUGAGCUUAAAAAAAGGCAGCGGUCUGAGAAUUGAAAUGCAAUGCUCGGGUAUGCUGGCAUUCUUUCCUCUGGUAGCUACUGCAGUUGAUUUUUGACCUUCAGAACUCUACGAAGAGAGUGCAAGAUGAACUAUCUGAAACUGCAAACAGCCAUUUUUCCGUGAGGGGCGUUAAA